GUCCCCCGUUUAACUGGUUGAGUUAGCGGUAGUUGUUCAACCGGCUCCCAGACUGCAACAGCGACUUUUGUGUUCUUACUGACAGCUAGCUUGACACUUCGACGUGCUACUUUGAGGUGAUCGUUAGCUGGUAGUUAGCUGGUCGUUAGCGGACACACGGUUAGUGGAUUUAAAUCAGCUGACAGUCUGUAGAUGUUGGACACGCUCCGUCUGUUAUUUGCUACAGCGGGGCGCUACGUUAGCUGAGUUGACUGCUAGCUCUCCUUAGCAGUUUGUUAAAGUUUCUUUCCCUGCUGCGUAGCAUAUCAAGGUCCUUGUCAUGCUGCAGUGAUGCAGAAAGUAUUGAUUUUAAUAAUAGCCAUCUGGGGGGUGAGAGUGAGCUGCACGUCACUGUCGCCAACAAAGGCGCCCAAUGAAACCAAGGAGUAUUGUUACUCGGCUCGAAUUAGGAGUACAGUACUCCAGGGCUUGCCCUUUGGUGGGGUGCCUACUGUACUUGCCCUUGACUUUAUGUGCUUCUUGGGCCUGCUGUUUGUGUUCUCUAUCUUGAGAAAAGUGGCAUGGGACUAUGGGCGCCUCGCUCUAGUGACUGACCCCGACAGAAGAAGGAGGGAAACAUUGUACAGUCGUCUGGAAGAACAGGAAUCUAUGGUUUCUCCAACUACAUCUGACACGCCUGAACGCUAUGAGCGCCUCACCUCAGUUUCUAGCUCUUUGGAGUUUGAACAUCGAGACGCAGGGUUCUGUGAGUGGCUCACUUCCAUAUUCCGCAUCAAGGAUGAUGAGAUCGCUGCGAAGUGUGGCAAUGAUGCGGUACAUUACUUGUCCUUCCAGCGCCACAUCAUUGGCUUGUUAGUAGUGGUUGGCGUGCUCUCUGUUGGCAUCAUCUUGCCAGUGAACUUCUCUGGCAAUCUGCUAGAAAACAAUGCCUACAGUUUUGGGCGAACCACUAUAGGAAAUCUCGGACCAGAUAAUGCACUACUGUGGCUGCACACCAUCUUCGCAUUUCUCUACCUGCUGCUCACUGUGUACAGCAUGAGACGGCACACAUCCACAAUGCACUACAAGGAGGAUGACCUGGUUAAGCGCACUUUAUUCAUUAAUCGGAUCCACAAAUAUGCAGAAGAGAAGGAGAUAAAAGAACACUUUAAGAAAGCAUAUGGCUGUCAUGUACGGGAUGCUCGUCUCUGCUACGAUGUUGCCAAAUUGAUGUAUCUCGGCACUGAAAGGAAGAAGGCAGAGCGCAGUAAAAAAUUCUUUGUUGACCAGAAAGCAAAGGGGAUAGUUACCAUGGUUAACCCAAAGCCCUGUGGACACCUUUGCUGUUGUAUCAUUAAAGGGUGUGAACAGGAAGAGGCCGUGAGCUUCUAUACCAGUUUGGAGGCACGCUUAAGAGAAGAAUACAGGAAGGAGAGGGAGAAGGUGAACUCGAAACCUUUAGGAAUGGCCUUUGUCACCUUUGAGGACGAGCGUGCAGCUGCGAUAAUUUUAAAGGACUUCAAUGCCUGCAAGUUUCAUGGCUGUCAGUGUCGUCGUGAGCCCACAAGCUCGCUGUUCAGCGACAAACUGCGCACACACAACUGGACCGUCAGCUAUGCCCCUGAUCCACAAAAUGUUUACUGGGAGCAUCUGUCAGUGGGAGGAUUCAAGUGGUGGCUCCGCUGCUUUGUAAUCAACAUUAGCCUCUUCAUACUCCUCUUCUUUCUCACCACGCCUGCUAUUAUCAUCACCACCAUGGACAAGUUCAAUGUUACCAAACCAGUGGAGUACUUAAAUAAUCCAAUCGUCACACAGUUCUUCCCCACUCUUCUUCUGUGGUCUUUCUCUGCUUUACUUCCUACUAUUGUUUACUACUCGACCUUCUUCGAAAGGCACUGGACCCGGUCAGGAGAGAACAGGACCACAAUGCAUAAAUGCUACACUUUCUUGAUUUUUAUGGUCCUGUUGUUGCCCUCCCUUGGACUCACCAGUUUGGACGUUUUCUUCCGGUGGUUUUUUGACAAAAGUUUCUUGCAAGAGGCUGCAGUACGAUUUGAGUGUGUUUUCCUUCCUGACAAUGGAGCGUUCUUUGUGAACUAUGUCAUAGCAUCUGCGUUCAUUGGUAAUGCCAUGGACCUGCUGAGGAUUCCUGGUUUACUCAUGUACAUGAUCCGCCUCUGCCUGGCUCGCUCUGCAGCUGAUAGAAGGAAUGUCAAAAGGCACCAAGCCUAUGAGUUCCAGUUUGGGGCAGCUUAUGCCUGGAUGAUGUGUGUCUUCACUGUGGUCAUGACCUACAGCAUAACCUGCCCAAUCAUAGUCCCUUUUGGGCUGAUGUACAUGCUGCUAAAACACCUCGCAGACAGAUACAACAUGUACUACGCCUAUCUGCCAUCAAAACUGGACAAGAAAAUCCAUUCUGGAGCCGUCAACCAAGUGGUGGCUGCUCCUAUUCUCUGUCUCUUUUGGCUUCUGUUCUUCUCCACUGUUCGCUUGGGGUUUUCAGCGGGAACAUCCAUGUUUACAUUUGUGGUUUUGAUCAUCACAAUCAUCAUUUACCUCUGUCACGUCAUCUUUGGAUAUUUUAAAUAUUUCAGCGCUCACAACUACAAGACUGAAACCCAGGUUACAGAUGGAGCACAAAAUGGAGAUGUAGUGGGUCCUCCUACUGCCAACAAGCCAGCGUACAUUGCUCAGGUACUACAAGAGCUAAAUUCAGAUGAGGCUGGUUCUGCCAGUGGCGAUGACGACAGCCAGGGGUCCUCACAAGACGAGCAAAUAAUCAAUGUUGACCAUGGCCUAAAUGAGGACUUCCAGUCUGGUGAGGACAGCCUAAUUGAUAACGAAGUGCGGUAAUGAUACCACGUGGAAAAGGAAAAAGGAAGAAAGCAAAGUAUUAGUUGAGGAGAGCACUGAAUGAGUGAAUUAAAUGAGGAACUGAACCAGUGGUUCUCCAGAACAUCUCAGCCUCCUUCGGGGACCUUCCACUAACCUAAGCAUAAGCAUCCUGUCUACUACAAAUGGACUGCCGCACAAAGACUCGCAUUUCCUUUACUGGGCCUCACUAGGCCACAUCUUAUGCGUGCCUACUGCAGAGGGAAUCUACUCUGGCAUCGAAAGGGUAGCAACAUCUUUGUGCCCCAGCACAACUGAGGCACACCCCAGUUACUUUCUAUGGACCAAUGGAAAGAAGACAUUAAUGCACAAAUGAAGAAGUAUUUGCCUUGUCUUGUAAGGGGAGUGAUGUUCUACCUGUUUUUCCUUAAAACACCUUAUUGUUAUUGCACUCGAAUGACAGGACUAGUUUCACUAAGGUACUGCAGUAUGGCACGCAACUUCAAAAGGUGGAGAGCUUUUCCCAUAAUCCCUUCCCAAUAUUGCUAACUGCAUUAGAUGCUUCCCCUGAAUUUAUCAGAUUAGGAGAGAAUGGGAACAUGAGAGGAUGGGAGUAGUCUUCAUGCCGCAUAGCUCGAUCUGUCCAGAUGAGAUGGCCUCAGAUAAAUCUUGCAGUUCCAUAGAAGAUUUUAAAAAGUUGUAACCGGGAGGAGAAAAAAACAAACUACUAAACACUCCAGGAAGCUUUGACACUGUAUAGCGAUAAAACUCUAGAUUUGUAAAAUAGGCUUUUUUGACAUGUAUUUAUUGGUAGGAAUGGAGGUUUAAAUGCUUUCAUGCUUGAUACACCCCCUUUAAGCUGUGGAAAAAGAGAAAUCAUGUCUCGGCACACUACACUGAUAAUGAUCUUAGUUUCUAAGUCUAAACCUUUGUUGGGACUGCAGUUGGAAUGCUGCUACUGAUACUGCCUCCAGAAGGGGAAAGAAACCCCUGCAUGGCUGCUGCAGGAGGACUACAGGCUGAGAUCCUGUGAAUGUUCUAACUAAGAGGAAGCUCAGUUACAGAUGACGCUGAUUGUGCUUCUUUGUGUGUUCUCAUUUCUUUUUGUUUGUGUGUUUACUUUUUCAUGCAAGUUUCUUUAAAUUAGGGCUUGGUUCACAUGGCUACUUUUUUUUUUUUUAGGAGUAAUAUCAAUUAACAUCUCACUGCUCAGCCCUCUGUCAGGCCCUCUACAAUGUUUAUGUAGGCACUGUCAUGUAGGUAGUUUACUGUAAAUUCCAUUAGUCAUUGAGGAUAGUUUUUUUCUUCUCUAUAACACUGAAUCUUGGGCACAAGAGUGUAACAGUUACAGUGGUUGAGGUCCAGCUCUAUUUGUUGUCAUACUCAUCUUUAAUAGGAAAGGAGGAAACCAGAAAGGAAAAUAUGUUCAUUGUGUUUCUUCUCAAAUUGUUACGAGGGAAUCAGGUUUAACGCACAGCUGUCUGUGAGCACUGAAUAAAUAGGCAUGCACUAACACACCACACUGGAUCGAGAAACACACAGACUCUAAUCAAAAUACUUUAAAAAUGAAAACUGCACUGCAACACUAUGAGCUAUCCUGCUGAUUAAAGACAAACCACAACUGCUGUCCAUUGGCCACAUAUUAUGGGAUCAUGUUUGAAAGAAAAAGCAGGUUUCUGCUUUUGAAACCACAGUGAAAAAUAUGCAGUAAUUGAUCUUCCACUUGUAUGAAUGACAGAGAAGGGCACACCUUGGUGUAUUUGUACCACAUAUAGGUCUGUCAUCAUGGUAUUAACAAGACCAUUGUUUAGCACUGUAGAUUCUUGUGCUCUCUGUGUCAUGAUGAAGUGAUUUUAGUUUUUAUAUGUAUUAAUUUUUAUACCUCUGAGCUGUCUUGAAAUCUCUGAAUGUGUCAGUCCAAGUUGUGCAUCUUUUCCAGUUCCUAAAAUCUCAUCUUAACUAACAUUUCCAUGUUUCCACUAAGCAAUGAAUGUAGUUAAAUAUAUCUUUUUUGCUGGUGGGUUAAUAAUAUAAUUGUGCUUCUGUAUUUAAGUAGCUUUAAUGGGACGGUUCUCUCACUAACCUGGAAGUUGAAAGUUUUUAUACUGUAUUCAGACUUACUAGUGUCCAGCCCUGUACUCUUGUCUUUAAUUUGCAUAUCAAUCUACAUUUGUUAGUCUGAUGGUUUCAGUGACUUCUGGUGGUCUUUUGCUAAUUCCAAGUCUGUGAUGAUGAUUUUUUUUUUCUUUCUACUAUCUCUGUAAGGUCUGUAUAAAUGAGACACUACACUACAAAUGAUGAGGUUGUGUUUGUAAGCAGCUGCGCUCUAACAGAAGCUGCUUGUUUCUUUGUCUCUGCAUCUCAAAACUACACUGAAUGUUUUGUAUGUUUGUGAGUGUGAUUUGUUUAUUUUGUUUUGUUUUUAUUUUGUGCUUUGCCUUUUUCCCUCAGUUUAGAUCAUUCUAGCUAUUAAGAGUAACAAUGUCAUAUCAGCAUUUGACUCAUGUAUCAUUCUUUCUGAUGGUCCAUCUGUGCAACAGAUAUAUUCUGUAUAUCUGUGCUUCCCUUGAGCUCAUUCAGCAAUAAAUGUGUAUUUAAUCAGCA